AUGGGCAACAUUCUUCUGCGACUCUUUUCCGGAUUCACGCGAGAGGCCAAGAUCCUCCUGGUGGGCCUCGACGGCGCCGGCAAGACCACCCUCCUCUACAAGCUCAAGCUGGGCGAGAACGUCGUCUCCGUCCCCACCAUCGGGUUCAACGUCGAGACCGUCUCCUACAAAAAUGUACACUUCACCCUGUGGGACGUGGGCGGCCAGGACCGCAUUCGGCCGCUGUGGCGCCACUACUUCCAGGGCACCGACGCCGUCAUCUUCGUCGUGGACAGCGCCGACCAGGACCGGCUCGACGAGGCCCAGGAGGAGCUCGCCGCCAUGCUGCGAUCCGACGAGCUCCGCGACGCCGCGCUGCUCGUGUUCGCCAACAAGCAGGACUACUCGCACGCGCUCUCGGUGGAGAAGGUGAUGACCCGGCUGGGCCUGGACGACGAGCUGCGACGCGGGCGCCGGGUGUGCUGCCAGGCCUCGUCGGCCACCGACGGGUUCGGGGUCUACGAGGGCAUGGAGUGGCUCGCCCAGUCGCUCAAGAACACCAACUAA